UGAAAUAGGUACGAGACGUCAAACAGUUAAACACGAAAAAUUGUACAUGGUUUCCACGAAAAAAAAAGUCAUUCGAGUGCAAUAGAUAAGAGCAAAAGAAAAUAAUUUCAGAAUUAUAGAAACCGCAAUUCGAGUCCAUACGUAAAAUACAUUUUGAAUAUCUACCUACGUACAAAAUGAAAAUUUUUCAAAAGAAAAAUGCUCGUUUAAAAAUGUUCUAUCCACGUACAGUUUUUCACAUAAUUGUGUCAAUUCUCACACUUGGCGCCAUAAUCUCAAAUUAUGGAUUUGUUGACGGCUUACUGAACCCGGAUCUCUAUGCACCGGUAGAUAUGAUAAAAAGAAAUGGAUACCCGGUAGAAACCUAUGACAUAACGACCCCCGAUGGAUACGUUCUCGGAUUACAAAGAAUUCCAUAUGGAAAAACAAAUAAAAAUGGCAGUCAUUUCCCUAUACUUUGCAUUCACGGGUUUAUCGACUCUUCGUUCGCAUGGAUUGCCAAUGGACCUAACAGAGGGCUAGCUUACUUAUUAGCGGAUCAAGGAUAUGACGUUUGGAUGAUCAAUGUACGCGGUAAUACAUUUUCUCGAAACCAUACCCAAUACACAGCAAAUGACCCAGAAUUUUGGAACUUCAGUUUCGAUGAAAUAGGUUCCAUCGAUUUGCCAACGACCAUCGAUUUUAUUCUGGAUAAAACGAAUCAUACACAGUUACUCUGCAUAUGUGAUUCAGCUGGAAAUGUAAUGUUUUACAUUAUGCUAUCACAUUUACCACAAUACAAUAACAAAGUUAUUGCUCAAGUCAGCCUAGCACUGUAUUAUCACCCAAAAAUGAUACCAGAUUCAGAUUUACAAAUGCUUUCCGAAGGGGGUAGCGCAAUUGACGAUGUUCUUGGUCCUUUUUUGGAGCAUGAUCAAACGACGAAACUUGGAAUACAAUUUUUGUCAACUCUGCAGAAAUUGAAUGGCUACACAUUGUACGAUUAUAUGUUAUAUCUUGUUUAUGGCUUAAGAGCAGAUCACAUAAACAGGGUAAAAAAAAUGGCACUUACAAUGACAGUACCUACUACAUACCUAGCCGGUACCUCGUUCAAAGUAUCGAGACACCUAGUCCAACUCCGAACAUCCUUCAGCCAUUACGAUCAUGGUCCAGCAAAAAAUUUGGAAAUUUAUGGUACCCAGUUGCCUCCUGAGUACAAUAUCAGUAAUAUACGCGUACCAGUUCGUCUGUACCAUGCAAAAGGAGAUUUUGCAGCUACCCCACAGGAAGUGCAAUUUUUAUACGAUAAUUUGCCAAUAAAAGCAGGAGUGAUAGAAAUAGCUGAUCCCAAUUUCAGCCAUAUGGAUUUCUUAUACAACGAGCACAAUAACGAAUUAUUCAACUACGACGUGAUACAAUUUGUGAACAAUAUCGUCAAUUACACUUUGAGCCACGGUGCCAAUCCGAAUCUCCAAAUUGGAGUUGACAAUAGGACAGUGUCAUUCAAAAACGAUAUCCAUACCUCCGAUUUGUAAAACUGAGAUCCUUUCAAGGAAGUGUAAUCGAAUCUCGGAAGGUAUUUUGAAAUACAGAGUACUUAUUAUUUUGUAAUGUAUGUACGUUGCAAGACCUCGCGUUUACGAGGACUUUUUCCAAUCAAUUAAAUUUUUGUAUUCCACUA